AUGCCGCCUUGCCAGCGCGAAAUCGACUUUGUCGUGCAUUAUGGCUAUUGUGAGGCGGCGCCCAUGGACCCGAGCACCGGCCAGCGUGUUCCAUGCGAGAAGCUCUUCUUUGACCAGAGCCAGAGCGUCGACUAUAACGAGCCAUGUGCCUCAGGCGGCUGUCUUGCCAGUCCAGACUGCAGCUCGGGCACUUGUCGGCUCGCUCAGCUCAAUGGCGUGUGGAUGUGCUGCCAGUGUCGGCGCGGCGGAAAUGUGUAUCCAUGGUGCGGACACCGGAUGCGAUCAAGCCCCGAUACUUUAUGCUAUCACGUUUGCUGCGAGCGGUGCGAGCCAGACGAGGCCGGAGGUGGCAGUGGUGACUCUGCCGUGGGUUUUUGA